AUGUAUCUGACAUUUGGGAGAUAUGAGCUGAGAUUUGAUUUCACUUACGAGGGAGUCGACUACAACGCCACCUAUGACACCUUUGGGCUGUCUGGAGAAUCAGAAAAUUACAAACUUAGGAUAUUUGACUUUUCCGGUAAUGUGUGGAACGAGAUGAGUUAUAACAAUGGCGCCCAGUUCUCAACCAAGGACCGUGACAACGACGGGUCAGAUAUCAGCUGUGCCUACUACCAGCACGGGGGUUGGUGGUUCAAUGCCUGCAGUAGCGUGAACUUCAACGGCCGCUGGGCCAGCAGGGAGAACUGGAAAGGCAUGAGGUGGAGCAGCGUCACGGGGAACGCCGCCUCUGUCUCCUUCAGCGAGAUAAAGAUAAGACCCCUGGCCAAGUAACGGCGUAAUGCUUAGUCUUCAGGGGGAGGGGGCAUUCAUCGCUAGGACCAUAGGCUCAGCUCCUUGGCUUUGUCAUCCACAGAGUGUCCACGGUACCGAUUCCUUGUCCUUGUUCCCAUUUCUCUGCUGCACAGUCUGGACAUGGCUGGAUGGUGCCUCUAUAAAUAGAUUAUUGAUGAGGGUGCCUCUAUAAAUAGAUUAUUGAUGAGGGUGCCCAUCUAUGCUCGACGAGGA